ACACAACACCAAUGGGCCGGACGCUCAACCCCUUCGCCGAAGACAUGAAUCUGAUUGACAGCGAAAUCUAUUUUCACUUCAGAAGAACGUUUAAAAAUUUUUUCACAUCCAUCGUAUCGUUAAUUAUGGUAUCACUGAAAACACCACUAAUUCUUCUGGCAAUUCUACCCAUAAUUGUUGUGUACGUGUGGUGUCAACGGCUUUACAUCUCAAGCUUACGACAGGUGCGACACGUGGACGCCGGCGCCCGAACACACAUUAUAAGCCACUUCGCGGAAAUAUACAACGGGCCGGCAGUUAUCCGGGCAUUUGGCGCCGACCGUCACUUUCGCCGGGAGUCGCGCCGCCGUCUCGACGCUCACAACACGUGUCAAUACGCGCUACUCGUGUCCAAGCGAUGGCUGGCCGUACGGCUCGAGAUCUUAGGCUAUAGUAUAGUGUUAUUGUCGGCGGUGUUUGCCGUCGCCUUCAGGCAUACGGUGGACGCCGGUGUGGCCGCUCUGGCCAUCACUUAUGCCGCGAACAUCACUGAUAUUAUGGGAAGGUUUGUGAGUGGAGUGACAGACACUGAGGCCGAUAGGAUGGCUGUCGAGAGCUGUCUGGCGUUAACGCAAAUACCAGUUGAGGACUUGGUGGCUUUUCUGAAUGUUAGUUCUUUAGGACUAAUGUUCAUUUACAAGUUUAACAUGGGCAAUGCAAAGUCCACGGUUAAAUUAUUUCUAUUAUAUACCAUGAUACUGUUGGUACCCAUGGCCGAGUGGUAUAAAGAGGUAAAACCUGCGCCCGAUUGGCCGACAAUGGGUUGCAUUUCAUUCACAGACUAUUGCACUAAAUAUAGAGAAGGCAAACAAAGGGUUGCGAUCGUCGGCCGCACCGGCGCUGGAAAGUCGUCCCUCGCGUUGGCUCUCUUCAGACUCAUUGAGCCGACGGCCGGAACCAUGUCGUCCGACGUGUGGGUCGACAGCACUCAACGGAUCGUCCAA